GCUUGCUCAGAGCAUAGCUGUCCGCCAGAUGAGGCUGGCGGAUGGGACGAUAAGCACCGAAGAAGCCGGAUGCUGGAAAUGCUGCCGCAGAGCCAAAUGCGACGGCGGAAAAUACUUGACUUUUGGAGGCAAGAAUGCCAUCUUCGACAAGUGCAGAAUACAUCCGGGCAAGUGGAAAGAAGAUGGACACGUCGUGAAGCCUGAGCACACAUCAGCAAGGUUUUCCCUGGACCCCGGCGAGCACAUGUGCCGUGAGACCUGCCAGGUUCUUACCGUGGCUGAAGACG